CUGAUCACAGGAUCACAAACUGAGAAGCAGUCAUCUGGCUCCUAGAAAUAAACACAUUCAGUCCCUCUGCUUUUAGGAAAGCUACUUCCCUUCAUGGUGAAACUCAACAGCCAUUUUAAGUCCUUUUAAUCUUUUCAGCCACAGCAUGUUUGGCUUUUUAGGAAUUUUUAGCAUUUUUUCACUCCAAGUGACGGUAAAUCAGAUCUGACCUUGGGCUGGUGGUGUUUGGGAACUCAUUCAUUGCUCUCCCCCCAAAUUUCCUGGCACCAUGGCAGCCUUGCAAGGGCAUUUGCUGCUGAUUUUUGCAUCCCUGGGAGCAGGGCAGUGCCUGCUGCAGGAUGCAGCCCUGCUGAGCUACAUGGACCAGCGUUUUCUGUCUCUGGAGAAGAGGCUGGAGAAAUGCACCCAGGACGCGCUGGAGUACGCGGAGGAAUUCCGGGAGUUCUCCAGGAUGGUGUUGUCCCGCCUGGCAGGGCUGAGCUCUGGCAAGGCUGAGCUCCAGAGGGAGGUGGAGGGCUUGCUGACAAGGCUUGAGCAUGCACAGAGGGACAUUGACUAUUUGGGAGCCACCAUGGAUUCCAACGCCUGCGUGGAGGUGAACGAGGAGCUGCUGGAGCAGCAGCUGCUGGAAGAGGAGCAAGGGAAGAAGAGGCUCCAACUCCUGCUGAAUGCAAGUUGUGACCAUGUGCUGGCAGGCAUUAGGUCCCUAAAGGUGGUUAGGAAGACUGGAGGAACGCACGGCUCUUGGAUGAAAGACCCUGGCAAAAAGCACUCCAAGAUUUAUUUACUGAGUGGCUCUGUAAAUAAUGUGGUUUUGGAAUUUGCAAACAUCAUGGCUUUCAUGGGAAACAACCAGACCCUGAAGGCUCACAGAGUGCCCCUGCCAUUGCCCUGGGAAGGAACUGGCCAGGUCAUCUACCAGGGCUUCCUCUUCUACCACAGGCACGGCUCCCUGAACGAGAUCAUCAAAUUCAACAUCCAGAAAAGAAAAGUAGUUGGCCAGAUGCGGCUGCCAGGGGCUGGAAGGAUGCCUGCCUACCAGCUCUCUGCCCAGACCAAAAUAGACCUGGCUGUGGAUGAGCAGGGGCUGUGGGCUCUCCAUGCAGAGCCAGAGACCGGGGGGAACAUCGUCAUCACCAAGAUCAAUGCCGAAGCCAUGGCUGUGGAGCACAGCUGGGACACCCCCUGCAGCAGUAGGGAUGCUGAGGCAGCUUUCAUGGCCUGCAACACCCUCCACGUGGUCCACAACUCUCCUUCUGGGGGCUCCUCCCGCAUCCAGUGUGUUUAUGAUCUCCUGGGGGCUCUCAGUGCUCCCACAAACCCAGGGCUGCAGCUCCCAAAGCGCCCAGGGAGCCACUCCACGGUGCAUUACAACCCCAAAGAGAAGCAGCUCUUUGCUUGGGGUGAUGGCUCCCAGAUCAUUUACAAGCUUCACACAGAGAAAAAAGUUUGAAACCUUUAGCAGUUUUCAAAAACCACCAGUCCCAGGUCAACACAGCCAUAAAUGUCUAGUGAAAUCACAUUAUUCCCACCCGUUACGAAUUUCAUCCAUUUUACACAAUUUAAAGCUUAUGCAGCCCAGCAAUCUUCAUGCCCAAUUAAGAAUAUGUGAAGACUCCAUUAAUAUAAAUUUCAUGAUGGCUAAAUACCACACAUGCACACCCUGUCCUGGUUUAGGGCAAAUUUAGGGAGAAAACCUCUGAAUGGGGUCCCUUUAGGAAACAGACCCAAGCAGAGUUUCCCCCAGCUGGCUAGGGGAAAUAUUUCCUUGGAGAGAAGUGGGAAAAAAGGACAGUGGAAAGAGGACAUCCCCUGAGAUUAGUCUUAAAGUCUAAGGUCAAUUUUUAAAAAAAUUAUUAGCCCAUUUCUCACAGGUUGUCUUCCUGUAGAAACUGUUUUCUUCUUCAAUGGAAAUCAAAUCAGAAAUCCUCCCUGCCCCAAACACAGUUUGACAACCUUCACAGCUCUGAGGAUCACUGUAGAAAGCCUUCCAGCAAGCAAUACAAAAUCACAUGCUUCCAGAGAAAUCAGAUAUAAGUUUUAACAGGAGAGGUUUAUUUUACCACAAGAUGUAGGAAUACACCCCCCCCCACAAACAUGGUUUGUAUUUAACACAGAACUCAUAGAACUCACAUCAAGGCCACUGCUACUCAUUAAACUUUUAGAGUAUUCCCAUGAAAAUUCCACAUUUCUUAUCCAUGUAGCUGCACAGACCACUGCUGGUCCUGCCAAAUAUUCACUUUUAUCAGCUUCAAGCCGCCACUCCUCACUGGUUUUUGAGCAUAUCACUGUGUGUGUGCUCCUAGGUGAGCUGCUCUGGAACACACACUGCUUUUAAAGGUUUCACAUGUCAUUCCUUGGUGUUUUUGCUCAUUGGGUUUUUUCACCACCUGUUUGGGAGGCAUUUUCCCCAAUGUUUCAGGUCACUUCCAUGGGUCACAGCAGAAUCUUUCUCAUCCCAUCCUCCACCUCCAGGAAAAGGUGGCUCAGAGGAGCACAACAGGGCAGGUGAGGGCAUGGCACUGCUCACUCCUGGGUUUGGGAGCCACAGAUAAACUCCAGGCAUUUUUGUUUCAAAAAUAAUGUUAAAAAUGUUAAAUAAUGUUUUAAAAAAAUACAGGUGUAGACUGUAUUUUUAUUUAUUUUAACGACAGCUGCAUUUGUCUAAUAGCAAACAAACCAACACACCAAAAAAAAAUCCCCUCUGAAUAACCACAAAUAAUGGUACUUGAAAAGCAAUCCACAGCUGUUGCUACAGCAAACCCAUUUUGUUCAUUGGGCUCAGAGAGCUGUUCUGUUUAAAAAUAGCUUGCAGAGAACAGCCAGAGUCAAGGAAUGGUUCUGAAAAGGAGUCCCAGAGUACAGUUAGGGGUGUAUGGACUGCUGGACUGCACCAGGGAUUCUCUCUGCCUUCAGCAAAAGGAACUUUGUCCUUCUAACAGUCCCAGGCUGGGAGGGAGGAGAGCUGGCACUACUUUCUUGCUUUAACCUGGGUUAAGGGCAGUAAAAAAGUUUAAAAAAAAUUAAAAAUAUAAAAUUAAAGCCUUUUAUUCCUCGUCCGUAAAAUGACAACCAUGUAAAUGCAAAAUGGUAUCAGCCACCUCUGCAAUGCUGUGAGAACUUUCACUGGAAAGGAUGUGUGACUUUCUUUAUUUUAUUUAAGGAAUAAAGUCUUUGGAUAUAAA